AUGCUGAUGACACAGACCGCAGUGCCGGCACUAGUUCAGGGUCAGAAAAACAACUACAAUCCACGCAACAAGCCCUCGCGCGAAAACCUCAAUCUCGAACACAACAACCAGUACUACCAGUCUCCACCGGCGUUGGACAAAUCCAGCGUCGGCCACGCCUACUCACCCUACUCCCAGGCCAUCACCUCCUCCUCGUCCGUGAUGAACGGCAUUGCGGGGACCGCCCCGCCAGGCACCAUGUACGUCCGAGCUCUGUACGACUACGAGGCCGACGACCGCACGAGUCUUAGUUUUCACGAAGGCGAUGUCAUCCAAGUUAUCACACAGCUCGAAUCCGGCUGGUGGGACGGCGUUAUCAACGGUGUGCGCGGCUGGUUUCCAAGCAACUACUGCCAAAUUGUGACGAGUACCGACGAGAUCCCCGACCAGGACCAGAACGGCGAACUCGACCACGUCGACGAUGAGGAGGACAACCAAGAGGUUUACGAUGAGCAGCUAGAGGAUGAUGACGAGUCGGAACUGGACGACCCCAACGGCCUGCCGCUUGAGGGCACAGAUCUAGGCGACAAAUCGAGGGCUGAUUUUUGGAUCCCGCAAGCAACCCCCGAUGGUCGUCUCUUCUACUACAACAUGAUGACGGGCGACCGGAGCAUGGAGCUACCCUUAGAGUCUCCUAGUUCGACCAACGAGACAGGGCCACGCAACAGGAUGAACGUGAGCGUGCCGGAGAAGACGCGACCCCCUCCAGAGAUGAUGGCGAGGGGUUUGACACAAGACGAGGACGAAGAUUCGGAAGCGAACUCCGCCUCCGAACUGGAGGGCGAGUCGCUGAUGCUUGCUUCCCGCGGAUCUCUGCCUCGCAAUCGUCGCUCUCGCGGCGAAAUGCUCUCCCCUUCUACUUCGAUGGACUCCAUAAGCGGUACUGCGCAAGUUUCCAGGGGCAAGAAUGAGGCGUAUCUGAACCCGAACCUAGCGCCCAGUGCCACACCCAUGAUUGCAUCGGCUACUUCGUUUACCAGCACGUCAUACAAUACGCCGCCAACCAGCACCGUGCCCCGUUCUUUCUUCGACGACGGCUCCGCGCCGCCUUUGACAUGGACGCGCCUGGUUUCCAACAUGCGUCGGGCUGUGGAUCGCUAUCGCGAUGCCAUUACCAGCAACAACCGCUCUGAAUAUGUCGCACGCGCUGAGGACAUUUCUGACCACCUUAGGUUACUUUUGGCUGCUGGGUCUGGCACAACUGACAACCAUUCUGGCCAGCCCUCCAUCAUUUCGACAAACAAAGCUCUCUACCCUCACUUCAGGGACAUGAUGUCCAAAUUUUCCAAACUCGUGAUUUCAUCUCACAUCGCUGCCGCAGACUGGCCCAAUGCCGAGUCCGUACAGAAGUGUCUCCAGGAAGCUGACGGUGUUCUGCUCGGAGUUUUCAGCUACGUUGAGAUCGCUCGGCAGCAACGAGGAGAGGAGAUCCCCCGACUAUUCCCUGGGUUCGUCAUAGGCAGUUCCACAGGAGGUAGUUGGCAGAACAACGGCCUCGGAUCACGCGAUCCUAUCACUGCGAACUUUCUGGAAGACGAGGAGGGUGUCGUCGAGCCCACGGCUAUGCUGGACGGGAAAUUGCUCGAGAGGCUGGAUGAACUCAAGCGAAUGCUUGUAUUCAGCAUAAGAGAAUUGGACAAGAACUUGGUUGUAGCGGACAAGAUCAUCACACCUUUCAGGCACGAAAUCAUUGGCAACAAUGUCUGCUCGGCCGGGGGCAAGGUUCUCGAGACCUUCAAGCCAUGGUAUGCUCUGAUCGAGUCCAUCGAUCUCUCGUCUCUAGGAAACAGCUUCCAAACGCCUCAACUCGCGGAUUUUGCCGCCAACAAGCAGAGUCUUUACGACAACAUCUCAGACCUCGUGGUAGGCUGCCAAGCUGUAGCUGGGCCUUUGGCUGACGAGUGGGCCGAGGUGCGAGGCGAAGCUCUGGAAAACCGUCUCGAGUACGUCCGGCAAUGCGCGAAGGCGCUCGAGAUGAACUCGUCACACAUUGGAUUCUCCUUGCAACUAUUGUCCGAACAGGUGCAAAUUAACAUGCAGCAACAUGUCGAGUCUAGGCAUAGGGACGACACCAUGCAGCGGGAGCAGGUCCGCAGGGGAGAUACCAUGUCGUAUGACCGACCCCACCAACGUACUGAGUCACGGACAACUCCCACAGCGGUCCGUCCUCCUAUGAUCACUUCGCAGUCAUUUACCGAAGGAGACAAUACUGGAAACUUCCGAGGGGGCGAUUACUCAAAAGUUAAGAAGAUUUUGGGUGACGAUCCGAACCCUCAGAGCAAUGUUCCUCCGGUUGAUGAGACGCCGGAGUUCCUCAAGUUGGAUCACGAGCCAGAUCUGGCGUGGGAUAACAAGCUUACGCCGCCCAUUGUCAAAGGUGGCACGUUGGAAGCUCUUGUGGAGCAGCUGACGCGCCACGACAAGUUGGACUCCAACUUUAACAACACGUUCCUUCUUACAUACAGGUCUUUUACGACAGCCCAGGACCUGUUCAAGCUUCUCGUCAACCGCUUCGGCAUUCAGCCCCCCGAAGGUCUAUCUCAACAAGAUUUCGAGGCAUGGCGGGACAGGAAACAGAAGCUCAUUCGCUUCCGCGUCGUCAACAUUCUCAAGAGUUGGUUCGAUAACUUCUGGAUGGAAGAGCACAACGAGGAGUCGAAACAACUUAUUCGGGACGUCUACACCUUUGCGCGGGACACCGUCAAGUCUACAGAAACGCCCGGUUCCGCGCCCCUCAUGUCAGUCCUGGAUCAAAGGCUUAGCGGCCAGCAGGCCGGAGCCCGCCGCAUGGUCCAGACUCUCAACCAAAACACGCCAUCGCCCAUUAUGCCCAAGAACAUGAAAAAGCUCAAGUUCUUGGAUAUCGAUGUCACUGAGUUCGCUCGUCAGCUUACGAUCAUCGAGUCGCGGUUAUACGGGAAGAUCAAACCCACCGAAUGUCUCAACAAGACAUGGCAGAAGAAGGUCGCUGAUGGAGAGCCCGAACCAGCACCGAACGUAAAAGCGCUCAUUUUGCACUCCAACCAGAUGACGAACUGGGUGGCGGAGAUGAUUUUGGCGCAAAUGGAUGUGAAGAAGCGUGUCAUCGUCAUCAAGCACUUUGUCGCUGUCGCAGACAAAUGCCGGAGUCUCAACAAUUUUUCUACACUUACGUCGAUCAUCUCGGCUCUAGGCACCGCGCCCAUUGCCCGUCUAAAGAGAACCUGGGACCAAGUACCGCAACGGACUCAGGCUGUUUUAGAAACCAUGCGGAAGCUCAUGGCUAGUACAAAGAACUUUGGCGAGUACAGAGAGGCUUUGCAUGUGGCGAACCCGCCAUGCAUUCCUUUCUUCGGUGUUUACCUCACCGACUUAACCUUCAUUGAAGACGGAAUUCCAUCUAUCAUCAAGAAGACCAAUCUUAUCAACUUUGCUAAGCGGGCGAAGACGGCUGAAGUAAUCCGUGAUAUCCAACAGUAUCAGGCCGUCGGGUACUCGUUGCAACCAGUCCCAGAGCUGCAGGACUACAUAAUAAGCAAUAUGCAAGCCGCAGGAGACGUGCAUGAGAUGUACGACAAGAGCUUGCAAGUCGAGCCACGCGAGCGAGAGGAUGAAAAGAUCGUAAGGUACGUAACAUUGAGAGAUUGA